CGCGAGAGUUGGCGGCGCCGCAGUUGCUAUGGAUACAGCGACUCUCCGUUCCCGCUUGGAGGCGGAGCGGGUCGGGCUGAUCCAGCGGCCGCUUCGGGGAACGUACGCGAGGACCUAGCGCUACGGAAAAUGGCUGAUCCAGAAGAAAAGGCAGGUGGCCUGGCUGAAGCAGAGGCUGAAACUCAAAUUUUGGAGGACACUUCUGAAACAAAACAAGCAGAAGAAAGUGCUGAGGCUGUAGGAACUACGCAAGAGCAGACAGGUGCAACACAACAGAAUGAAACAAACCUGCCUACGGAGCAGGAACAAGGCCCAGAAUUAGCAACACGUGAGUUGGGUGAUGCUGGGGAACCACUACAGGAGCUGACAGCUACUGAGGAACCAGCCGCUGCAGAGGAACCGGCUGCCAUGGUGGAAGUAGCCACUGCUGAGGAACCGGCUGCUACUGAGGAACUAGCCGCUGUUACGGUACCGGCUGCCACUGAGGAACUAGCUGCUGCGGAGGAAUUAGUGGAGGGGCCAAGCAUUGCUGGGGAACAGGACCAGAAUCUUCCUGCAGCUGAGGAACCUGUCGCUGCUGCAGAAGGGGUUCAGGAGCCAUUUACUGCAGACGGACUGACAAAGGGUUUGGACGUGAUAGAAAAAGAAGAGGAAGCUCAUCCAAAAUCCCAGGAUGUGGUCCCAGGGUUUCAGAAAGCUAUUCUAGAGGUCCAAGAUCUUGGUGUCAAAAUCGAACCACCUAUAGUUGACACAGAUGCAUCUAAUAUCACAGUUGCUGCUGAUGCUGCUUCAGUUGGUGCUGCUGAAAGUUUUUCUGAAAGGGCGGCUGAUUUUGCAGCACAUAUGCAUGCUGCAAGUGCUUUGUUAACAGAAGCGUUAGCAUCUGAAAGAGAAGAGUCUGAAGCAAGUACCGAAGAAGAAGCUACUGUAACAGUUCGAUUCAUGCUACAUCCUGCUAUCCAGGUUUUCACUAAGUCUUUUAACAUUAACCAAACCGUGGAGCAAAUGAAGAAGUACUUCGCAGGACGCUUAAAAGUACCACUGGAUAUUUUACAAAUUAUGUUGCUAGGGCGAAUAACUGACAAUAGUGAAACACUAUGGAAUCUUGAUGCUAAACCUUAUGGGACCAUACAAGUUGAUAUAUUCUCCCUUGAUGAAGAAAACUUUCCCCUUAAAGCAUCUAAACUCCUAGAGGAAUACUACAUGCCUGAUGUUAUAACUUUUAAAGUGCAAACAGAUGCAGAAACAUUUAAGGAAAUAAAUGUGUCAAUUAAAAGGCCAAAUUUUCAGAAACCGUUUUUGGGUGGAUAUAGACAUAAAGAAACAGGCACAGAAUAUCAUAAUGCAGGAUCACAGACAGACCCCAAAAAACGUCCAGACAAAGGCUAUGAAGAGUUCUGUAGGUCAACACAGACAGUUGUUGAGAGGAAAAAACUGCAAAAUACGAGAAAUUCAACUUCCACUCAGAUGACCAAAAUUGGUGUCUAUAUAUCAAACGUCACUGACAGAUUGAUAGAACCAAAAGGGUAUGUGACAGCUGAUGAAUACCAUGCACGAAGACUUCAGGCAGUAAUUGUGAUACAAACAUAUUUCCGGCGAUGGCUAGCUAAGAACUUAGUAAAUAAACUAAAAGAAGAAUUGCGUUUGAGACUGGAAUGGGAAGAACAAGAAGAACUAAGGAGGCAGAGAGAGAGGGAAGAAAAACUGCUAAGGGAGUAUAAUCGAAGGCUGAAUCCUAGAACAAAGGAUGAUUUUGAAUUACUCUAUCAUGCUUUAGAAUUAUGGAGGCAAGAGGAGCUUGAGAAUAUCAACAGCACUCUCACUGGAGCCGAACGGAAGGCAGCUCUCUGUGGACUGUUAGAAAAAGAGGCCCAGCUGAUUGCUACCAUCGGGAGACACAAAAUAAACGCAUAUGAAGAGAACGCGCACCAAGCAAUCCUGUCCUUCUUGGAAAAGUGUGCAGCCCCCAAAAAGUGGAAAGCAUUUGAUGGCAAAGUUACCGAGAUGGAUACGCAGUUCACGCUGCGGGCCAGGGAGCUGCUCGAAAUCUACCGCAGCAUUAGUAUGAAAGACCUUCCGCAGGAUGAACGGCUGGAUGUGCUGCUAACGCUGAAGCACACGGUGAAGGAACAUGACUCUAAACUCACACAUGAGAUAGUGGAAUUGAUUGACAGAGAAGCAGACCUCAUGAUGAGGGGAGUGAAGGAAUGUAACUUAGACGGGCUCAGACAAAGAAUAUGUACAUUAUUUCUUCAGUAUAUCAAAACACCACUUUUUAAUCCAGAGGUUGCUCGACAUCUCAAGGUUCCACCUGAUCCAAUGAGGCUUUACCAAAACAUCCACUUUUGCCUUGGUUGCAAAAGGUACCUGCCCUCUACGGAUUUUGCCAUAUCUGCUAGUUCACACACUGUUGGCCGUUGUCGUCUGUGCUGCAAGCUGGAUAACGAGGCUCGCCAGAGGGAAGCCUUCCUGAAAUACAAACGUAUGCUCCGAAAUCUCCGAGAAUCAGAAUUGAAUUAUAAGGACGGUGCUAAGAUUGCCUUCAUACUACAGCUGCAAGACCUGCGCUAUAUGGUUGAAAAUUUCUGGGGUUCUCAGUCAGCUAUCAGUGCCUGGGGUGAUCUGCAUGAUCUUGUCAUGGUCAGGUGGAAUAAAUACCAAGAAUGGUCUCCCUGGAACACUCUCCUUAUCAAAAAGAGCGAGGCAGAGGCUCACCUCAGACUGAAGGAUCUCGAAAAGGCUUAUGAGAUGAUGUUUAUCCAUAAGAUAAGGCACAAGCAUAUCCUUGCAAGAAACUAUUUCUCCCAGUUUCCAGAGCUGGCAGCAGCUUUGCAUAGGGAUGACAAGCAGACCAACACUGAUGAUCUUUUAGUAACAAGGUCUUUAACAGCUGGCCCAUCCAAGUAACACUCCAAGGAUCUACAAGCUUGGUUCUGCUUGAAGGAUAUACAUACAAGUAUUCACAGCACUGAUUUGUUGUUUGAAGAACCAGUGCAAUCUCAAGAGGCAGAAACACUUUCUCUGUCUUUUUCUUAAUUGUGCCUUGGCAAGCAUGCAACUAUGUUAACAAAUGGAUUCCAAAUAAUGAAUGUUGUGCUGCGUUUA